UCAAACGAACUUGUCGGUGUUGUUGUCUCCGCCCUUCUGCAGGCUGUGAUGAAAAUGGAUCAGGACGAAAAUAAGGAGAAUAUAUUAUUGAUAAACAAUAAUGUAAAUGUAAACACGACGAUGAAGCCGAGUAAAAAGAUGCCUGACAUUGAAGAGUUCCAGUUCUUGAAGCCAAUCAGUCGUGGAGCCUUUGGAAAAGUAUUUCUGGGGUGUAAAAAGGACAACCAGAAUCAGUUAUAUGCCAUCAAAGUAGUCAAGAAGUCGGACAUUGUGCACAAGAACAUGGUCGAACAGGUGAUUACAGAGAGGGAUGCAUUGGCCAGGACCAAGAGCCCAUUCUGUGUACAGCUUUAUUAUUCCCUCCAGACGACCUCCAAUGUGUUUCUGAUAAUGGAGUACCUCAUUGGUGGUGACUUGAAAUCUCUCCUUACCAUCUAUGGCUACUUUGAUGAGCUAAUGGCCAUAUUUUAUGCUGCAGAGUUAGCCCUGGCCCUUGACUAUUUACACAGCCAUGGUAUAGUUCAUAGAGAUGUGAAGCCUGACAACCUUUUGCUGGACAAUAAAGGUCACCUCAAACUGACUGACUUUGGGCUAAGCAGAAUUACUCUCCACAAAGACAUAUCUGCCAACACACCAACUACUAUGCGAUCUGGGAUGAACUACAUGAGAACUCCUGGCCAGAUUCUCUCCCUCACUUCCCACUUGUCAUUUAAAUCAGAGGACAGCAACAGUACCUUAGGCAGUCCAAGCUUGAGUGACCGGAGUGCCUCCAGCAUGGCCAGUGUGCGACGAGCGUCCCUCAGAGGCCACACUGUUAGUCGUCUGUCAUACAGAGCUUCAGGAGGCACACCAGUUAGUAUAACACAUGGUUCUUACAUCAGUCCAACCACACGAGAGAGGAAGAACAGCAUCCCUAUUCCAGCAAUUGCAUUAACUCCUACUAUCAGUAAAGCCCUGGCUCAUUCACAAAGAACUCCAACUUCAUCCACUGGUCUGGCAGAUUUAAAAAAGCAAUUCCUUUUUGCAAGUGACUGCACUCCUAUAAAACAAAGUGAGAUUGAAGUAACUAAAAAUAACUCGUGUAUAUGCGAUCAUGCCUCACAAAAGUGUCAUUCCCCAGGUAGAUCAUCAAUUAAAUCUCCCAUGAUAUGUCCUUCACCAAAAGAAGGAGACAUCACUAGUGACUUUGAUGUGUCUGGGUCCAGUGUAGGGCAUGUGAGUGGAAUAGACCCCUUAUCUGUGUAUCCUGCAGGGGAUAACAGUCUUGAAGAUAUCAAGGAGGAGCUCUCUGGAGAUCUGAAGUCAUCAGAUGCAUCAAAUAUUAGCACCAGUUCACCAAAUAAAUGUUCUACCAAUAAUAAAGGCCUGAACUUCUUAAUGGUAGCUCACACACCUGUUAAAAUAUCAACAGACUUACAGAGGAACUCACAAAGAGAUUCCAGCGUUGUUAUGCACGAGCACAGUGUAAAACAGCAUCCUGAUGAUAGUGUCCAUAAUAUCAACAAGGCUGAGAAGGAAGGUCAUAAAUCCUUGGGCACACAUCAAGACAGAACUACAGAAGUAAUAGUUGGUCGCACAGUUAGUGAAAGUGAGGACAUGCUCGGGCUUAUCGUCAGGAGACGUAAUCGUACAUCCACUGAAUACAGUGACGUCUUCCCAGAAGAAAUGGUAAAUAAUGAGACAGACAGUGGAGAUGUCUUUGGAACAUUUUUGCCAAAACAUCUUGCACCAACUGUAGAGACAGAAGACAUGAAGGCUCCAGAUAAGUGCCAUCCUAGACUACGUGCAUUAUCACAGCUUACCCAUCAUGUGUCACCAGUAGGAAACCCAACUAUGAAUAUGUCUGCAAUGUCUAAUGUUGUCUUCUCUAGACAAAUAGCCACAAGCUCACCACUUCCUUCAAAUUUUGGAAUGAGUGAGGAGGAAACAGAUUGUUCGCAUGCAAAUAUUGGAGGACAUUCUGGAUUACUUGAUAGCAUACUACCAACAUGUGAAACCCAAAAGUCCCCAAGAAGCAUUAAGGAUAUGUCCAGUAAAGAAGUACUUAACCCUGAGCACACUACAGAAUUUACUCUAUCGUUACAAAGUAGUGCCUGUGAGCGGAAGGAAAGUACUAAACUGGAAGAAUGUAUUAGUCUUGGUGAAGGAAAUCAUUCUAGUAUCACCACAUCUCACAGUUCAGGAAACUUCAAGAUUCCCUCACAGGCGAGAGGUAUUAAGCGUCCCAUAGGAUCUAGUAAUGCCAGCCCUCCUGCAAAUCCUACAAGAAUGGCUCCCUCUACAGGGCUUACAGGAAACUUUGAAGUCUUGCAAGUUGCCAAUUCAGUCCCUAAAAGACAAGAUGUGAAGAGAAGUCCACAUCCCAUAGUUGGACUAAAGUAUAAUCAAGACCACAGCAAUGAGAGCACUAGUAUUACUGUUAAUGAAGGAACCAGGGAUAUCAGUAGACAAGAUAUAUAUGAGAGUGAGAUGAAGGAAGCAGCCCAAGGGAGCAGUGAAGUGUUCCACCAGCAUAAUGACAACCAAGUCAAUGAUGCAGCUAAUGACAAGCUGGUUAGGUGGUACAGUGAAAGUGACAUAAGCGCUGAUAAUCCAGAAAGGGAGCCUGUUUGCACGGCUGACCCAAGCACUCCCGGUAAUGUCUCAUUACACAACCACCAAUCACAGCUCUUCUUCAGUUACCACACACCUGCCAGGAUACCUAGUGUUGCAGGCACUCCACACCAGGAACUUGGCCAAACGCCACUACGUCCUCCUAAAAGUGUCAGGAGAGGAGCACAUCCUGUUGGUUCUGAAUCUCGAAUCUUGGGCACUCCUGACUAUUUGGCUCCUGAACUUCUGUUACAUCUUGGACAUGGGCCAGCAGUCGACUGGUGGGCCCUGGGAGUUUGCCUUUUUGAGUUCAUGACUGGUGUCCCACCAUUCAAUGAUGAAACUCCCGAGGCAGUGUUUCAUAACAUUCUCCAUCGAGAUAUUCCUUGGCCUGAGGGUGAUGAGGCAUUAUCUGAAGCUGCUAUUGAAACUGUGGACAGGCUCUUGGCUUAUGACCCAAAACUGCGUGCAGAUUUUGAAGCCAUCAAGCACAGCUCUUUGUUUUCUUGCAUCAAUUGGGCCAACCUGAUGGAUAUCCAAGCUCCUUUUGUGCCUCAGCCAGAUGAUGCAAUGGACACCACCUAUUUUGAAGCUCGCAAUAAUAUCCAGCAUCUCACCGUAUCUAACUUUGAUUUGUGAAGUGAAAAGUAGACAUGAUCAUCCUGCCCAAAAAAUAAAGGUUAGUUUGAUCCAGACAGGACCACUGUUCUAGCCACAUACAAAGAUAUAAAGUUACUCUAAAUUAUUUCAAAAACAGCAUGUCAUAUAUUUAAUAACACAGUACUGCUUGUGAAUACUGUAUAAUUAUACAAUGUUUCACGGGUUAUAUAAUGUUAAAUGUAAAAGGAAACUCAUCCUUUUCCCCCAACAAUGAAUAAAAUUUUCUGUUUGUAAUAUUAGUAAUAUAUUGUAUACUGUAAUCAGAAAUAAUGUGUAUCUUACCAAGAAUAUAUUUUUGCAGUGUUUCAGUGACUGUGUAGAUAAGAAAUAUUGUAUGAGAUUAUUUAAAAUGUGUUAGUGUUGUAAUUUGUAGAUUUUUCUUUGUAAUCCUGGUACAUUUGUAAUUUUACCUUCCUUUGAAGAGGUCAUUACAGGUAUACUGUAAUUAUGAUAUACAGGGUAUAACUGAGUUUUUAAAGCAUCUUAUAUACUGCAUAUAUAAUCUUUGCAUUAUCUUAUCUUUCAUUUAGAAGAUAUCUCCCAUUUCUCCUACUAGCAAACAGCUCUUUAAUCUGUUACUGUUUUUCACUUUUUGAGGAACCAACAAGGAUAAAAUCUACUCAUGAAAUGUCUUCCUCAUUAAAUAAGCCUUCUUAUCUUCAUUCCAUUGUUGUUGUCUGCUAAGAGGAGAUGUCGGGUAAAAUCUGUCAAGGGAGACGACUUUUAUGCUUUUUUUUUAUGUGAAUCCAGUUUCUAUGCAUGCAGUUGAUGACGUGCUAGGCUGUGUGAUUUGUUGUGUACAGUGUACUCUCGAUUUAACGGAAUCACAUAUAAAAAACUUGAUUUAGCGGAAGGAAUUUUUUCCGUUAUUUUUCACUUGAUUUAGUGAACUAGUUCACUAAAUUUUAGAUUAAUUGCGUUAAUAUGCUCACACCUAUGGAGACACCUCAGACACAUGAUAUGCACAUAGAAACAUUAUUCAUGGCUUAUCUUAAACUAGGGGGUUCGGUGUUUGUUUUCAAUUUUUACUAUACUGUACCUGCAAUUUCCAAACCUUUUUCCAAUUGAUAGCUGUACUCUUUUGACUUUCUCUCCCACACCAGUUCCUUUCUGAGACUUCUGAGAGACUUUCGACAUGAUGCCUAAGCACAGUAGUCAGUUGACCGAGAGGUAGCAGUGGACAACACAUGCGGUGGCGGCAGGACACAGACUGAGCAGAUGUAAACAAAUCCCAUGCACCAAGCAGCGCAUUUGGCUUGGAAUUUAAUGGAAUGAUUUUCAAUUUAGCAAACUAGUUCAUUAAAUUUAGCAAAAUUAGCGGAAAUUUCGAUUUAACAGAAAGGGGUGGCUCAAAUUAGUUUGUUAAAUCAAGAAAAUACUGUAUUACUCCUUGUGUUUGGCAUGGAAAAUGUCCGUAAAAUAAUGGGGAUGAUGAGGGAGGAAUGAUUUGUGAUGAAAUUCCUUCCUUUAAAUUCCAUGUGCUAAAUGGUAUUUUUGUGAGGAGGAGUCUCUAUCAUAGAUUAGAACACAGUUCUAUUUACAAAAAUACUGGUGUGACCAAAUAUCACAAUCUUGAUAGCAACAUCUGACCACAGCUCACCUCCCGUCACCUACAUGCUAUGUACAGUAUGUUAUGAAUUUGGGGAAUGUCUUGCCACCAGUAAGUUAUUACCCCAGAACUGAGGUGCAUAUGCUUUGAAGGUGGCUUGAAAUAUACCUGUGUGAUAGGGAGGCAGACCUAGCUGUAAAAUUAUGGAAAUUAGUCUGCAAUUUAUUGCCUGGAUGGGUUAUUCACUAAACUCUGCAUGAUAGAAAUUUACUGUCUUGAGAAUGUUUGAGUUAAAGUAAAUGUGCAGGUUGUCCCUGAUUUACGAAGGUUCUGUUUACGAAAAUUAAAAGUUAUGAAAAAUUUAACUUCUCCAAUGAUUAAACUUAUUAGCACUCUCAGGAUCACCUGAAAUUUAUAUAACGAGGCUGUCACAGGAUCACUUUUCCGUCUUCAAAAUGACCAGAAAUCGCAGAGAUUUUUUUUCCUGAGCACUAUUCGUGACUACGAUAUAUUCAAAUAUUUAUUCAAAUGAUGCCUUUCUGUGUAAAAAAAGGCUGGGAAAUCAUAUGAAACCCUCAAAAAUAUAAUAAAAUAAAAUAAUAAAUCGAAGCCAUUUUGACAAGUAUAAGUGAAAAGUGAGUUUACUGUUGAUUCCUCUUGGCACUGUACCCACAUCAUUGCAUCAGUCAGUAUAAAAUGCAUGGCAAGAAAGAGCAAAUACGAGAAAGAUGUGGUGUAAUCAGAAAAAAAUAUAAUGUAAAAAGUAACAGUUACAGAAUAAAAAAUAAAAAUAAU